AGUCAGGUUUUAGAAUGCGAAACAAAUUAUUAUUAUACAUGUGUCGUUUUAUUUGUUUUUUGUGUGUGUUUUAAUUGUAAUCAGUACAAAGUACUUUGUGGCCCGUUUCAGACCAAUAAACCGAAAAAUGUCUAGGGACAUGAACGUCACGGGACCAGAAGAUGAGAACCUUGAAGGUGAGAGCGACAGCGUGAACCAGACGGGUAGGAGGGGACAAAAUUCGUGUUCUCUACGGUUUCCAUCAUCACAAUUACGGGCUCCUACCUCGGUUAUGGAGAGAUUUCGUCGUCGCGCGUUUGGUCAGAAUUUCAAUUCUAGAAGUAACCCUGCUGAUACUUCAAGUCGUAGAAAAAAAAAGAUAGCUUUUAUAUUGAAACGACCGGUGUCUGUUCUGGAAAAUCCAGUAUCUGAGGAAGAGCAAUCUGUGGAAGAAUUGGAGUCUGUUGAGCAGCAAUCACUGUCUGAUGUAGAGCAAGAGGUGCCUGACCUUGAACAAUCGGUGAGAAUUGUUGAACAAUUGGUGUCCGUUGUUGAAGAAACGGUAUCUGAAAUGGAGUCACCAGCGCCUGUCUGUGAACAACCGAUUCCUGUCGUUGCACAAUUGCUCUCUGUUGCGCAGCAAACACUGACCCUUGUGGAGCAACCAGGGUCUGUUGUUAAGCAACCGGGGCUUGAUGAAAAACCGACGCCUAUCGUUAAACAAUCGGUGUCCGGCGUUGAAGAAUUUGUGUCUGGAGAGGAAUCACCAGGGCUCGUGUGUGAACAACCGGUUUCUGACAGUGAGCAAUUGAUGUCGGUUGCGCAGCAAACAGUACCUUUUAUAGAGCAAUCAGAUUCCGUUAUCAAGCAACCGGUGCCUGACGAUGGAACCUCAGCGACUAUCGUUGAACAAUCGGUGUCCGUCUUUGAAGAAAUGGUGUCUGAAGAGGAGUCACCAGGGCCUGUGUGUCAACAACCGGUUCCUGACGGUGAGCAAUCGCUGUCUGUUACGCAGAAACCAGAUUCUGUUGUUACCGUUGAACAGUCGAUGUCCAUCUUCGAAGAAAUGGUGCCUGAAGAAAACUCACCAGGGCGUGUCUGUGAACAACCGGUUCAUGACGGUGAGAAAUCGCUGUCUGUUGCACAGCAAACAGUGCCUUUCGUAGAGCAACCAGAUUCUGUUGUAAUGCAACCGGUACCUGACGAUGAAAACUCAGCGACCAUUGUUGAACAGUCGGCGGUGUCCGUCGUUGUGGAAAUAAUUUCUGAAGAGGAGUCACCAAGGAUCGUGUGUGAACAACCGGAUUCUGACGGUGAGCAAUCGCUGUCUGUUGCGCAGCAAACAUCACCCUUCAUGGAGCAACCAGAUUCUGUUGAUAUCGUUGAACAGUCGGUGUCCUUCGUUGAAGAAAUGGUGUCUGAAGAAGAGUCAUCAGGGCUCGUGCGUAAACAAUCGGAUUCUGACGGUGAGCAAUCACUGUCUGUUGCGCAGCAAACAGAACCCUUUGUGGAGCAACCAGAUUCUAUUGAGGUCCUCGUUGAAGAAAUUUUGUCUGAAGAGGAGUCAUCAGGGCUCAUGUGUAAACAACCGGUUCCUGACGGUGAGCAAUCACUGUCUGUUGCGCAGCAAACAGAACCCUUUGUGGAGCAACCAGAUUCUAUUGAGGUCCUCGUUGAAGAAAUUUUGUCUGAAGAGGAGUCACUAGGGCUCGUGUGUAAACAACCGGUUCCUGACGGUGAGCAAUCGCUGUCUGUUGCGCAGCAAACAGAACUCUUUGUGGAGCAACCAUAUGCUCUUGAAGUCCUCGUAGAAGAAAUUUUGUCUGAAGAGGAGUCACCAGGGCUCAUGCGUAUACAAUCGAAUUCUGACGGUGAGCAAUCGCUGUCUGUUGCGACGCAAACAUCACCCUUCAUGGAGCAACCAGAUUCUGUUGAUAUCGUAGAACAUUCGGUGUCCGUUGUUGAAGAAACGUUGACUGAAGAGGAGUCACCAGGGCUCGUGCGUAAACAAUCGGAUUCUGACGGUGAGCAAUCGCUGUCUGUUGCGCAGCAAACAUCACCCUUCAUGGAACAACCAGAUUCUGUUGAUAUCGUUGAACAGUCGGUGUCCGUCGUUGAAGAAAUGGUAUCUGAAGAGGAGUCACCAGGGCUCGUGUGUGAACAACCGAUUCCUGACGGUGAGCAAUCGCGGUCUGUUGCGCAACAAACAGUACCCUCCGUGGAACAACCAUAUUCUAUUGUUGAGCAACCGAUUCCUGACGAUGAAAUUUCGGCGACUAUCGUUAAACAGUCGGGGUUCGUCGUUGAAGAAAUGGUGUCUAAAGAGGAGUCAGCAUCGCUGUCUAUUGCGCAGCAAACAGUACCUUUUGUGGAGCGACCAGAUUCUAUUGUUGAGCAACCGAUGGCUGACGAUGAAAAAUUGGCGCCUAAUGUCCUUGAACAAGAAGUGCCAUCUGGGCAGCAACCAAUGCAUGAUGUGAGGCGUCAAAAUGAUGUAGAGUUUCAAGCACAGCUCCAAAUUGUGAGAGAAAUGUGUAAUACAGCAAUGAACAGUAUACCAUUUCUCGCCGAACCGGUACAGAACUAUUCCAGUUUUGCAGACGAGAACUCGAUCAAUGUCAUAGAAUUUCUCAGACAGCAAUGUCGAAGAAUCUUUUCGGAUAAAGUCCUGAAAGCCGUCAACACCUCCGCCGCCGGUACGUCUGCCCCUCCUCAAUCUGGAAGCGAUGAGAACAACCGUCAAGCGGGCUGCUCGAGUUCUCAGAGUUGUAGACAAGUACAGCAGGAAUUAUUGAAUCGUAUGCAAGAUUGUGUCAAGGCGUUUUUCAAGCAAAGAUGGGAAAUUGAACAGCUGAAGCUGUCUCUCGAAAUGAUGCAAAUCGAGGUAGAAAGUCUUCGAAGGAUCGCCGAUCACCCCACUCGAAAUUGGACGUCCGCACCGUUCGACCACAAUCCUUUCCCAGAUCAAAGAAACACUAACUACCCAUCGACCUCUUCUGGGCCUAACUUCAACCAAUACGGCCAGCAACCUCCUUUCACGCCUAACUUCAACCAAUUCGGCCCACCCCCUGCUUUUCCUCCGAACCAGAAUUACGACAACAACAGUAAUUGGAAUUAUCCUUAUUUGAAUUCUCCUCUGAAUACAGGAGUCCCUUUCGGAGAACAAGCAAACAGCAGCCAAACUCAUCCGAACCAAAUGUUGAACAGGUCAUUCCCAAAUAUUCCGCCUCCCAACAUGAACAGAUCUGAUAAUAGUUGGAAUCUCAGAAGCCGAUCUCACCAAAAUCUAUUUUCCGACUACCCAUCUUCUUCUGGGCAACAAUCCGGCAACAACGAAGGUAUCUCUAAUUAUAUGAAGUCUUCCACAUCUCAGCCUAACGUCGACAACCAACGAAGUAAUCAAUACGCGUGGCCUCCUACAUCCAGCGAUCCCCAACAAUUCGGCAAUAACCAAAGAGUUUUUCAAUUUAAUGUUCCACCUCCUACACUAGGCUAUAACCAAAGAGGCAAUCAGUACAGGGAGCCAACUCAGCAACGAAGUGAUCGGAACACAACUCCGUUAAUCUCGCCAAAUUUCACCAGAAAUCAAAGGGGCAGACAUAAUUCCCAGUCGACCAAUAAAACUCCCAUUCGCCAAAGAAACAUUCAGGACACAACAACUCCUGAACGACCUAAUCAAUACAGGGGACCUCCAGUGCCUACCUCACAGCAAUUCGUCGACGACCAACAAGAUGAUCAACAGCCGGCCCUUCCUUCAUGUAUGUACCAGCAAGCUAAUUACCAAAGACCUACUCAUUUCGUGGAGUCUCCUACACCUAGUUCCGCACGAAGCCCAGUUGUGCCUAGUCAGGAAUGCAAUUCAGCAGUUCUGAAAAAGUUGAUAGACGAUAUCAUCAACAGUUCUCUGGUUGAUUUUGAAUCGACAGACGUUCGAUGCCAGAUUCGAAAAGAAAAAAUGUUCGAGGCUGUGUCUGCUCUCUUCAGAACCUAUAGCAAUAUUCCCGAGUUUUUACCCAAUCUGAUUCGAGAACUCUUCAAUCUUGGAGCCAAUCUCUGGGACUCGGGCAUGUUCGAAGUAAUACGAAGGGUUGUUUUGCAGGAAGUUCCCCAACCUUUUGGUAACGUGCGUCUAACCCCCAAUGAGCAGGUGGCGGCUGAGGUUUUGGAAAGCUUAAGCAUGAACACAAAUGAUUUUUCGGUUCCUCCUACUAUGAACACGUUCAAUACAUUCACUCUCAGUAGUUUCAUCCAGCUUCCAGAUUGUGAAGUAUUUCAAGACAUGUAUGACCUAUUGAAGGAAAUUGAACCGUUUUUGAAGAAACACUCAAACAGGACUUUUGAUAGAGAACUACUCGAAUCCUUGAGAAACUAUAUAGUGGAAUCAGCCAUGUUCGCGAGAUUCGUUUACGAACCGGCUUUCCGCAACCAUUUUUCCUCACUUCUGGAUAGAAUGCUGGCUCAGUACUGUAGAAAUACUGUUUCACAUGUUACAAACCAUUUGAACCAAUCGUUAGAGAUAUUUGUCGCGCCAGAAAUCGGAUUGUAUCAGUAUUUGCAGAGGCAUUAUCCCAUUACAGAUGAAGCGAGUGGUUUCGAUUUUAACAUUCCAGAAAUACAACCUCCCUCAGAAGCAAAUGAACCUACUACCACAACUGGCGAGAGUGUAAAUACAACUGGAAAACCAAAUAAUUCAAGAGGCAAUAAUAAAAAGAAGAGGAGAAAAAACAAGAAGGGAAGUAGUGAAGCAAAUAGCAGUCAGACAGAUGUCGUUGUCAAGAACCCGAUUACGUCAUCCACUCCAAAAAAAGGGAGAAAAUGAUGCGACAAUUCUCCAGUCAGACAUCCACUUAAAUUUUAUAUAUUUUUGAAUUUCUGUAUUUUACUUGUUGCUUAAGCGAUUGUGAUAUGUGAUUAGCGUAUAAUAUUAUAUUAUUUGACGAUGUUCUUUAACUUUUUAAAUAAUAAAUGUUUUAUUGCAA